AUCUGACGAGCGGCCAUUCAUCAGGCCGGCUGGCCUAUCAAUGACAUUGCUCCCAUCGGGCUCCUAUAAAAUGAUGCUUUUUCCCAUGGAACAUCCACAAACAUUUUGACGGCUUUGGCUUUGCCCGGCUGGAUUACGGAGUGUCCCCUCGCUCCCUCGCCCGCUUGCCUUCUCGCUCCUUCUCUGCGCGCUCACCCUGCGCUCGCUCUCUGCUUUUCUUCCUCCUCUUUUCUUUCUCUUUUCCCCCCUUUAUCCACUCGCCCUCUCUCUGCGUCUCCCUCUCCUCCCUUCCCUCUGUUCCCUGCCUCCCUGGGCCUCUCUAGCGCAGGGGAUCCCCAAACAUCAGGACUUUUGGGGGGGCGCCCGUGCUGUCCAUGGGAAGAGCAUGCAUUGUGGGUUACUGGAGGAACCCGACAUGGAUUCCACAGAGAGCUGGAUUGAAAGAUGUCUCAACGAAAGUGAAAACAAACGUUAUUCCAGCCACACAUCUCUGGGGAAUGUUUCUAAUGACGAAAAUGAGGAAAAAGAAAACAAUAGAGCCUCCAAGCCCCACUCCACGCCUGCUACUCUGCAAUGGCUGGAGGAGAACUACGAGAUUGCUGAGGGGGUCUGCAUCCCCCGGAGCGCCCUCUACAUGCACUACCUGGACUUCUGUGAGAAGAACGACACCCAGCCGGUCAACGCAGCCAGCUUUGGCAAGAUCAUCCGGCAGCAGUUUCCUCAGCUAACCACCAGAAGACUUGGAACUCGAGGGCAGUCAAAGUACCAUUACUAUGGCAUUGCUGUGAAGGAAAGCUCCCAAUAUUAUGAUGUGAUGUAUUCCAAGAAAGGAGCCGCCUGGGUGAGCGAAACAGGAAAGAAAGAAGUGAGCAAGCAGACAGUGGCGUAUUCACCCCGCUCCAAACUUGGAACAUUGCUGCCAGAAUUCCCAAAUGUCAAAGACCUCAACCUGCCGGCCAGUCUGCCCGAGGAGAAGGUCUCUACCUUUAUUAUGAUGUACAGAACACACUGUCAGAGGAUACUGGACACAGUAAUCAGAGCCAACUUUGAUGAGGUUCAAAGUUUUCUUCUGCACUUUUGGCAAGGGAUGCCACCCCACAUGCUGCCCGUGCUGGGCUCCUCCACGGUGGUGAACAUCGUUGGCGUGUGUGACUCCAUCCUCUACAAAGCUAUCUCCGGGGUGCUGAUGCCCACGGUGCUGCAGGCGUUACCUGACAGCUUAACUCAGGUGAUCCGAAAGUUUGCCAAGCAGUUAGAUGAUUGGCUGAAAGUGGCUCUCCACGACCUCCCAGAAAAUCUGCGGAACAUCAAGUUUGAGCUGUCCAGAAGGUUCUCCCAAAUUCUGAGACGGCAAACGUCACUAAAUCAUCUUUGCCAGGCAUCUCGAACGGUGAUCCACAGCGCAGACAUCACGUUCCAAAUGCUGGAAGACUGGAGGAACGUGGAUCUCAACAGCAUCACCAAGCAAACCCUGUACACCAUGGAAGACUCCCGAGAUGAACACCGGAAGCUCAUCAUCCAGUUGUAUCAGGAGUUUGACCAUCUCUUGGAGGAGCAGUCUCCCAUCGAGUCCUACAUCGAGUGGCUGGACACCAUGGUGGACCGAUGUGUCGUGAAGGUUGCUGCCAAGAGACAAGGGUCCCUGAAGAAAGUGGCCCAGCAGUUCCUCUUGAUGUGGUCCUGUUUUGGCACGAGGGUAAUCCGGGACAUGACCUUGCAUAGCGCCCCCAGCUUUGGGUCUUUCCACCUAAUCCACUUGAUGUUUGAUGACUACGUGCUCUACCUGUUAGAAUCCCUGCACUGUCAGGAGAGGGCCAAUGAGCUCAUGAGAGCCAUGAAAGGCGAAGGCAGCACUGCAGAAGUUCAAGAAGAGAUUAUCUUGACGGAGGCGGCCCCACCAACCCCUUCACCAGUGCCAUCAUUUUCUCCAGCAAAAUCUGCCAUAUCUGUGGAAGUGCCACCUCCCUCCUCCCCUGUCAGCAACCCAUCCCCUGAGUACGCUGGCCUUGCCACUACAGGCGCGAUGCAGUCAUAUACGUGGUCCCUGACGUACACAGUGACGACGGCUGCGGGGUCCCCGGCUGAGAACUCCCAACAGCUGUCCUGUAUGAGGAGCACUCACGUGCCUUCCUCCUCCGUGGCACACAGGAUACCGGUGUACCCCCACAGAGAGGAGCACGGAUACACGGGAAGCUAUAACUACGGGAGCUAUGGCAACCAGCAUCCUCAUCCAAUGCAGAGCCAGUAUCCUGCCCUGCCUCACGACACGGCCAUCUCCGGGCCACUCCACUACUCCCCGUACCACCGAAGCUCUGCACAGUACCCUUUCAACAGCCCCACUUCCCGGAUGGAGCCCUGUCUGAUGAGCAGCACUCCCAGACUGCAUCCCACUCCCGUCACCCCCCGCUGGCCAGAGAUGCCUGCAGCCAACACGUGCUACACGAGCCCGUCUGUGCAUUCCACGAGGUACGGAAACUCUAGUGACAUGUACACGCCCCUGACUACGCGCAGGAAUUCCGAGUACGAGCACACGCAACACUUUCCCGGCUUUGCGUACAUCAACGGAGAGGCCUCCACCGGAUGGGCCAAGUGACUGCUACCAUAGGAUUGCAUAUUUAAUAUUAAUAAUUAUUAUUAAUAAUAAUAAUAAUAACUCCCCCACCCCCAGACGACUUUUAUCUCUACACAUCGUUAACUCCUGGGCUGUUUGAAGGCGUCCAUUUUUCUGAAUGAACGUGGAUGGAGCUGGGAUUCAAUGCAGGAUGAUGCAUAAACUUUAGUUGCAAGCAGGGCUCCCUAAAUGCCCCUGGGACUGGGUUCCUGCAGCCACCCUAGACUGAAAUGUUUCUCUCGAGCACUAUCUUUGGGCAGGCCACUCUGUGCCUUUUCCCUCCAGUCCGUGACUGCCUGGUGUUGCCAACCGCUCCCCAGGAAGCUACUGAAAAAUUUCCCGUCGACAAAAGCUCUUUAGUCUCGAAGGCUCAGAUCCUGGAGACAGAAUCUGGUUUGUGUUCUUGGAUGGGCGCACAAUUUACCAAGAGCACGCACCUUGCCAUCUGUCUGUUAUCUUGCUGUCCCAGGAGCCACCCUCAGACCUGUUCUCAGACUCCCUUCCUCCUGGUGGCCAUGGCUGCUUCCAGGAGUGCCAGGGAUAAAUGGUGAUGCUGGGGAACUCCAGCUUCCCUGUGACAGUGGCGGCGGUCACAGUACCUGCAUUGUCUUGGACUUGGAAGCACUGUCCUGAGAGGAGGGAGAGGCCUGUUCUGUGUUGCCUUAAGUUGAAUGAGGUUUGUAGGGGACCGGUUCUUCUACAUACAAGCAUUUUUGCCCCUAAGUUUGCACAAUGGCUAGUGUCAGCAAAAGGCAGGAGAGGGAGAGGGGUUUGAAGUUCUGUGAGAAUGUGGAUUUAUGGCAUUGAGUAUCACAUUCUGCUCUCUCUUGGUUGUGUUAACUCUUUGAAACUGGAUGGACCAAGCUUGAACUUGCCAAGCACCAAGUGUGAAAAUGACUUUCAUGGUUCCUUCGUAAGGCUAUAAUAAUUUCCGACACUUUGAUAGAAAGAAAAAAAAAAAGAACUUCAAAGCUGUGCCUUUGAGCCUAUACUAUACUGUGUAUGUGUGGAAAUAAAAAUGUAUUGUACUUUUGGAAAUUUUUUUUUUUCGUAGUCAUUUUUCUGUCAGAUUUGUAGCAAUUUGUGAGGUUUGUUAGAGAUUAACAUAGGUUUUUCUUUCUGUAUUAUAAAAUGCACCAAGCAAUUAUGGUGGACUUAUUACCCUAUGGGUAAGAAAUAAAUGGAAAUAUGUCAUCGGAUGUUUUAGCAAUUGUUCUGUAAAUAAAAUCUUUGAUCGCACCACUCAGUGUGAUAAUCAUGUCUACAGCUAAAAUGGAAAUAGUUUUAUCUGUACAGUUGUGCAAGAUAUGAAUGGUUUCACACUCAAAUAAAAAGGCAUUGAAA